CGGGCCUGGCCGGGACAGGGGCGGCGGCGGCGGCGGGCCGGGCCCCGGGGAUGGCGAUGUUCCGCAGCCUGGUGGCCUCGGCUCAGCAGCGGCAGCCGCCGAGCGGGCCCGCGGGCGGCGACAGCGGCCUGGAGGCGCAGUACAGCUGCCCCAUCUGCCUGGAAGUCUACCAUCGGCCCGUAGCCAUCGGCAGCUGCGGACACACGUUCUGUGGGGAAUGCCUCCAGCCGUGCCUGCAGGUGCCGUCCCCCCUGUGCCCACUGUGCCGCCUGCCCUUUGACCCCAAGAAAGUGGACAAGGCCGCCCACGUGGAGAAGCAGCUUUCAUCCUACAAGGCGCCCUGCCGGGGCUGCACUAAGAAGAGGCCCAGCCCCGCUGCCUGGCCCCGCCCCUCCUCUCCUCCCCAGGUGACGCUGGCCAAGAUGAGGGUGCACGUCGCCUCCUGUGUGAGGGUCCAGGAGCAGAUGGCCCACUGUCCCAAGUUCGUCCCUGUGGUGCCCACGUCCCAGCCCAUCCCCAGCGCCGUCCCCAACAGGUCCACCUUCGCCUGCCCUUACUGUGGUGCCCGCAACCUGGACCAGCAGGAGCUGGUGAAGCACUGCGUGGACAACCACCGCAGCGACCCCAACCGCGUGGUGUGUCCCAUCUGCUCGGCCAUGCCCUGGGGCGACCCAAGCUACAAGAGCGCCAACUUCCUGCAGCACCUGCUGCACCGGCACAAGUUCUCCUACGACACCUUCGUGGACUACAGCAUCGAUGAGGAGGCCGCCUUCCAGGCCGCCCUGGCCCUCUCUCUCUCCGAGAACUGAAGGCGCAGCCACUGGCCCAGCCCUCCCGCCUCAAGGGAUAGGCCCUGCCAGCUCCUGUGGCCCAGGCCUGCCUGGGAAGGCGCCUUGAGGGCCAGGUGGAGCCUCACUGCUGCAGGAGGAGAGGCCGCGUCCCCCGUCGUCACCGGCUCUUCGGUGCUUCGGGCUGAGCAGGUGGCCUCGGGGGGCCGGCCACUGGGACGGAAUGUGGCCACUGUCUGUGUCUCAAAGCCAUGAUGUCCUCCCUGCAGAGAGGACCCUUCAGGCCCUGCCGCGUCCACAGGCCCCGGCACUGAGCAGGGAAGCGCGGAGGGGGCCCCGGCCCAGCACCUGGCAACGCUUCCCCCUCGCGUGCUCGGUACUGGCUUUUGUGAUACCUAGAGGUUCCACACUUUUCUAUAUUAUCCAGUGUGAUGACCUUUUCACAUUUUCUAGAGCAAAGACAGAGAGCAGUUACCCUUCAUAUUGCAAUAUCUGUGUUUGACUAGGAAUAAUAGUAUUUUUAUGGAACAUUUACAAAAUUAUAUUUUUAAAAAAAAACAAAAAAAACGAACGGUUGUGGGAUCGGUAGGGGGAGGAGAGGAGAGACGGGGCAAUCGCUGUGUGCUGGGACCGAGGUGGCCACGUCCCCAGGUCACCUCGCCGUUCCCCAGGGUCACUGUGAUAAUAACGGGAGGAAAUCGCAACGCCCGGCCACGAGCAGUGGCGCUGUGUCUGCUCCCGGCCUCCCGCCUGGGUCCCGGCCUCGGCCCUGCUGUCACUGUUCCAAAGCUGACCACCUCCCGCCCCCGGCAGGGCCACCCCCAGCAGUGGCAGAGCGCAGGGGCCGGGGCAGUGACCAGGCAGUUCAGAAGGUCCUCACGGGCACCCUCGUUUGGUUCAUGGCAUAAAUUAUUGCUGUCUUUAAAAAAAUUUUAAAUAAAAUGUCUCAAAGCAUC